CUCAUGCGUGAUGUGACUCUCCGUGAUACCCGCUUCCGAAACAGCACAGCCACUCAACAAGUCGCGACGUUCCCCCAUUGACUUUGACUCAGCUUGACACUUGGCAUUAUCUCAUCCACUAACAAGAACGUUAACAUGACUCGAAUCUGGCCAUGUACCGCACGGACCCGCAAUCGCCACUCGUUAUAUAAGGCUAUGUCUCUGCCUCUUCCCUCACACACCCACACCACAACUACAACGCUUUCCGUGACUCCCAAAUGACGCGCUCAGCUCUUUCUGAAAACUCUCCGCGAGUAGUACGCAAGGCAUUCCGCGCCCAAGCCAAAUCACAAGGCCAGUCCUUCCGCGCCGCCAUCCUCGCACAGAAGGCGCGCGCCGCCGAAGACGGCAAGAAGGUCGAGUACCCCGAUGCCGGGCGCCGCAACCCGGGGCGCAUGGACGGCAUGCGCUGGAACGGCGACUCGUUCGUCUCCCCGCCCCAGGUGGACGGCGAGGAGGUGUCGUCGGACUUGGAAGACGACGGCGCUUCCGAAUGGGCGGCCGGUGUCGCAGACGGGAAACGGGCGGAGGGCUCGCUGCCCCAGCCUAUGGUCGUGUCGCUGCUCGACAUUGCGCGACCCGCGAAACCACGGGGUGGCAAGAAGCAUCGUGCGGUGAAUGUCGUGGAGGAUGAUGCUGUAUCAGUAUAUGCUGAGAGCGAGCUCUGGGAGGAGUGGGAUGCCCACAGCGAAGGAUGGGAGGUCCAAAGCGAGCUUUGGGAGAUCCCAGAAGGAGAGUACACGGCUGACGAAUGGGAAGAGCUGUAUGAAGGAAACGCUCACCCCCCAGAUAAACCCAUUGCCACUCCCCGGUUGUCGUAUGCGUCUGCUCUACGGAGAUGAUCUCUGCCUGUUGGAACCCGACUUGCCUCUUCACCUUGCUUCAUUCACGAUUUAGAUACACCAUACCAUUAUCCAUUAUCAUUAUGAUUGACCUCCCGGUCCGUGAUCACGUGAAA